AUGACAGAACAACAACUUUACUUGAAAUCAAUAGAAUGUGAUCCAACCGAUUCCGGAACAUACAAUAACCUUGCAUUGACACUUUCAAGAGGUGAAUCAAUCACACUUCAUAAUGGUCAAUCAAUGACACAACAACAACUAUACUUGAAAUCAAUAGAAUAUGAUCCAACCAAUUCCAAAUCAUACAAUAACCUUGCAACAACACUUUCAAGAGGUGAAUCAAUCAUACUUCAUAACGGUCAAUCAAUUACACAACAACAACUUUACUUGAAAUCAAUAGAAUAUGAUCCAACCAAUUCCGACUCAUACUAUAACCUUACAGUGACACUUUCAAGAGGUGAAUCAAUCACACUUCAUAACGGCCAAUCAAUUACAAAACAACAACUAUACUUGAAAUCAAUAGAAUAUGAUCCAACCAAUUCCAAAUCAUACAAUAACCUUGCAACAAUGCUUUCAAGAGGUGAAUCAAUCAUACUUCAUAAUGGUCAAUCAAUGACACAACAACAACUAUACUUGAAAUCAAUAGAAUAUGAUCCCACCAAUUCCAACUCAUACAAAUACCUUGCAACAACACUUUCAAGAGGUGAAUCAAUCACACUUCAUAACGGUCAAUCAAUUACAGAACAACAACUAUACUUGAAAUCAAUAGAAUAUGAUCCAACCAAUUCCAACUCAUACAAUAACCUUGCAACAACACUUUCAAGAGGUGAAUCAAUCACACUUCAUAAUGGCCAAUCAAUUACAGAACAACAACUAUACUUGAAAUCAAUAGAAUAUGAUCCAACCAAUUCCAAAUCAUACAAUAACCUUGCAACAACACUUUCAAGAGGUGAAUCAAUCACACUUCAUAACGGUCAAUCAAUUACAGAACAACAACUAUACUUGAAAUCAAUAGAAUGUGAUCCAACCAAUUCCAACUCAUACAAUAACCUUGCAGUGACACUUUCAAGAGGUGAAUCAAUCAAACUUCAUAACGGUCAAUCAAUUACAAAACAACAACUAUACUUGAAAUCAAUAGAAUAUGAUCCAACCAAUUCCAACUCAUACAAUAACCUUGCAGUGACACUUUCAAGAGGUGAAUCAAUCACACUUCAUAACGGCCAAUCAAUUACAGAACAACAACUAUACUUGAAAUCAAUAGAAUGUGAUCCGGCCAAUCCCAGACCAUAUCAUAACCUUGCAGUGACACUUUCAAGAGGUGAAUCAAUCACACUUCAUAAUGGUCAAUCAAUGACACAACAACAACUAUACUUGAAAUCAAUAGAAUGUGAUCCAAAGAAUUAUAAAUUCUAUUAUAACCUAGGAAUGUCACUAUUUCAAUAUGAAGCUAUCACUCUCAAAAAUGGUUUGAGCAUGAUAAAACAACAACUAUUAUUGGAAUCAUUAAGAUUAGGUAAUCCAGAAACAUUGGUUUACCGAGAAAUUGGAUUAACACUUUCGAACAACAAACAAGCAAUUACACUACCAGAUGGUGAGCAAAUGACAAGGAGACAGCUACUUAAAAAAUCAAGAGAUUAA